UCAGUGAGGCUUUACUCUUCUCUCUCUCUCUCACGCGCUCUUUCUCUCUCUUUCUCUCUCCCUCUUCUUCACUCUUCUGCUUUCUCUCUCAGAGUGCAGCUGAAGGAACUUGAUAGUGCCCUGUCUUCCACUCUCUCUCUCUUUCUCUCUCUCUUUCUCUCUCUCACUCUCUCUGUCUCUCUCUGUCUCUCUCUCUCUCUCUCUCUCUCUCUCUCUCUCCAGCAGAGAUGUAGCCCCUGUCCCUCAAACUUCUGCACCUCUGAAGCAUCACGUGACCUCCGUAGCCUUUCCAUCCCUAUUCUCCAUCUCCAUGGAUAAUUUCUCUCCUCUUCUUUGACCUCUUGCACUCCUUCCUGACGGAGUUUCCUCUGCUGCAGUUUGCCGUCCCCUUCUCUCUCCUUCUUCCUUCUUGGGACCCUCUGCGGCCGGACCAUGGCCAUGAAGGAGACGGUGCUGCCUAUCAGCGAGGUGUCCGGCGGCCCCUCCUUCCCAGAGGUGAUUGAGCUGAAUGUGGGCGGCCAGGUAUAUGUGACCAAGCGGGCCACGCUGCUGAGCGUGCCGGACACGCCACUGCACGCCAUGUUUGCCCGGCGGCCGCCACGUGAGCUACCUCGCGACAGCCGUGGGCGCUUCUUCAUUGAUCGAGAUGGCUUUCUCUUCCGCUACGUGCUGGACUUCUUGCGUGACCGGCAGCUGGUGCUGCCCGAGCACUUCCCAGAGCGUGACCGGCUUCAGCGUGAGGCCGAGUACUUCCAGCUGGGUGAGCUGCUUAGGCUGUUGGGACCAAGGGUGGCCAAGCAAGGCUCACUCAACGAUGAGGGCUGCCAGAGUGACAUUGAGGAGAGUUCACAGAGCAGUGAGCUUCAACUGGGACGCACCGGUGGAUCUGGUGCCGCUUCUGUCCCAUCAUCCUCUUCUGGCCAGGAUAAGAGGUCAGGGUUUAUCACCAUAGGCUACCGAGGCUCCUACACCAUGGUGAGGGACAACCAGACAGAUGCCAAAUUCCGACGCGUGGCCAGGAUCAUGGUGUGCGGCCGUAUUGCAUUGGCCAAGGAGGUGUUCGGAGACACACUGAAUGAGAGCCGUGACCCCGACCGGCCCCCAGAGAAGUACACCUCACGGUUCUACCUGAAGUUCACACACCUAGAGCAGGCCUUCGACAGGCUGAGUGAGGCUGGCUUCAACAUGGUGGCUUGCAACUCCACGGGAACGGCCGCAUUCAUCAACCAGUACAGGGACGACAAAAUCUGGAGCAGCUACACAGAGUACAUCUUCUUCAGACCUGCCUGCAGGACAGUGUCCCCCAGGGCAGAGUGUGAGGAGCCUAAGCCUGAGAAGCUGACAGAUAAAGGCAGUGAAAGCGGAGCUUCCCUCAAUGAGCUCUCCACCUCCAGCUCCGACACCCAUUCUGAGGCAACCUCACCCCAGGAUGGAGGCCCUGUCCUGGCAUCACGUGGAGAGGUGGUGGGAGGGUCGCUGGCCCCCUGUGGAGCCCUGCACUCAGUGUCCCGUCCACCCAGUACCCUCACCUUGGGCAGGCCUCCUAAAAAGGGCUCCUCAGUGCAGUGGAUGGAGCUUCCAGAUAAAAGGCGCAACAGCGAGCUUUUCCAGUCCCUUACUAGUGGGGUGGGGCUACGGGAGGGAGGUGGGGGAGGACUGACACGGAGGAAGACUCUGGAGAGACCUAGUGCUGAAGAGGAGAUGAAGCAAUGCAUCCGGGAUUUCCACAAGAUCAAGAUUCCACAGGCAUUCCCAGAACGGAAGCGCCAGUGGCAGUCGGAAUUGCUCCAGAAGUAUGGACUCUAGGGAAGCAUGAAGUCAGAAUUUUCCUUCACUAUUCUUUGUUUGAAUUUUUCCCUAGCACAAGGGAUUCUUAACGUCAGUGGUAUUUGAGAGAGGAAAAGAAACUUAGUAAAUUUGAUUAUUUAAAAUAUACACAUUCAUAGAAGAGAUUGGAUACAAGGCUAUCUACUCUGUUUUCAGUUUGAUGAUGGAUUUUUUGCAAGCAUGUGGACUACCUGUUCUAGGUAACCCGAAAUUAUGUUGUACACCAAGUAAAAGGCAAUCCAGUUGAACUUUUUAAGAAGAGUACAAACUUUUAAACCAAAUUAAGGAGUCUCCUUUCUCUAUGCGCUGAGUAGAAAUUGUUCCAGAUGAACCAAUCAAAGUGACUACAGAAUCAGAAUUCCGUUGUUUACGUUGUCUUGUAUAUGGAAAGUUUUGGAACACUUGAGGAAGUACAGGGUUUAUGUCAUGCGUGUGUCAUGUACAGUUCCAUUGUGCAGAUGUAGACAGUUUAUACCUCAAACACAUUCAUUGAUUGAAGAACCGAACCGUGAUGAAUGCAUAACACAAAGUAAUGCUAUUUGCCUCAAAUACGUAAAGUUAAUGUGUUAAAUAUUACAACUACAAUGUCAGAAUCAAAAAUCACUGUCUCAUCUGAUAUUCAGAAAUUAUUUCAGAGGAGCACUGUUUCUUGAUUCAUUUAGUGUCCACAUCAUGUCGUACAAGACGUUUAAAUAAUUUAAAUGUCAGUCAUUAUGAUGAACUGCCAUGUGCAGAUGUGUAUUUUACCAUUGGAUGAAAUGUAAACGCUGUCCAGAGUCAGCUAGGCCUAUAGGGUUAUGGCUGUUUCACUAUUUCACUAUUUUCACUAGAUUCCGUUUGUAAAAUGACCUGUGUCUGCAUUUUUGUGAAUAUUUCAAAAAGUAUAACUGCAGAAAAAUUAUUAGAAUAAUUAACAGAAAUUGCUACCAACCAUAGAAAAUCUUAAUCAUGAUGAAGCAUCACAAAGUCUUAUGUUUUGGGGCUUUGUAAAAACCAUUUCAUAGAAGCUGGAUCCCUUCGGUCAUUGCUGAAGUCAGUGUGUAGUGUUUGCCAGUAUGUGUAAAGCACAACAUUCAGUAAAUGCUGGACUGAGAAGCUGAAUUGUCUCUUUCCAGGGCACAGGUUUGAGAAGCACAAGGCACAGCUGUCUCUGUGAAAUCAUAGUUGCGGUUGCAGUAUUACAGUGAGUCUCUAACAAGAGCUAGUGUUAGUCUAUUAUAUGAUGUAAAAAAAGAGAAAUUAAGGUUAUGUUUUCUAUCAGUUGACUUCUGUUGAUUUGCCUCAGUGUUCUGUAAUAAAACAUGUUGUGCGAAAAAAGAAUAAUAACAAAAAAUGAA